GCCGGGAGCUGCCUUCCGCUCGCCCGACCUCUCACCCGGCGGCGGUCGGCGGCACAACACGGAAGUGCGAUGGCGGCCGCAGCGGAGGAGGCAGCGGGAACCGGCGGCGGCUCCCCGUCCUCCGCCCGGCGGAGGCUGCGAAUCAUCUCAGGGCACCUGCGGAGCUCGCCGCGGGCUCCGGAGCGGGAAGCGCUCUCCCUGAGUCCCUGCAAGGCGCAGGGGGGCUCCACCGGGCCGGCCUCCGGCUCCAUCCCCAGGAAGCGGCAAGAACUUCUGAAAUGGAAUGGAUGGGGUUAUAAUGACUCCAAAUUCAUCUUCAACAAGAAGGGUCAAGCAGAAUUCACAGGAAAAAGGUACAGAUUAGGUGGUAUGGUAUUACCAACUUUUAAGGAAUGGAUGGAAAAAACCUUUGGAGCCAGCCUGGAUCACAAAACUACCUCUAGAGCAACCUUAAAUGUUAAUGAUGUACCUCCAUCCAUUGUAAAAGAAGAAUUUCUUCAGGAUCUUAGAGCCACUAAAAUCUCAUACUCACAGGAUGCAGAAGAUAGGGUAUUCAGAGCUCAUGGUCACUGCCUACAUGAGAUAUUUAUACUCAGGGAAGGAAUGUUUAAGCGAGUUCCUGAUAUAGUUGUAUGGCCUGUUUGCCAUGAAGAUGUAGUUAAAAUUGUGGAAUUAGCCUGCAAACACAAUCUCUGCAUAAUACCAUUUGGCGGAGGGACGAGUGUAUCUAGUGCCCUUGAAUGUCCUGAAGAAGAAAAAAGAACAAUUGUCUCGCUGGAUACAUCACAAAUGAAUCGGAUUCUCUGGAUAGAUGAGAAAAACUUAACAGCUUGUGUGGAAGCUGGCAUUGUUGGUCAAGAUCUGGAAAACCAGCUUGCUGAAAGUGGCUUCUGUACAGGCCAUGAACCAGACUCCAUGGAGUUCAGCUCACUAGGAGGAUGGGUAGCAACACGAGCAUCAGGCAUGAAAAAAACCAUCUAUGGAAACAUUGAAGAUAUGGUGAUUCACAUAAAAAUGGUAACUCCUAGAGGAAUAGUAGAGAAAAACUGCCAAGUACCUCGCAUGUCAACAGGACCUGAUAUCCAUCACUUCAUUAUGGGAUCUGAAGGGACUCUUGGAGUGGUUACUGAAGUUACGAUAAAGAUUCGCCCAGUCCCUGAAUACCAGAAGUAUGGCUCUGUGGUCUUCCCUAACUUUGAACGAGGGGUGGCCUGCUUAAGGGAAGUGGCAAAGCAGAGAUGUGCUCCUGCAUCAAUUCGCCUUGUUGACAAUGCACAGUUUCAGUUUGGUCAUGCUCUUAAACCGCAAGUUGCUUCCAUUUUUACAUCAUUUUUGGAUGGACUGAAAAAAUUCUACAUCACAAAGUUUAAAGGAUUUGAUCCCAACAUACUGUGUGUAGCUACCUUACUCUUUGAAGGUGACAGAGAGAAAGUUCUUCAGCAUGAAAAGCAAGUCUAUGAUAUUGCCACCAAGUUUGGUGGCUUGGCAGCAGGAGAAGAUAAUGGACAGAGAGGAUAUAUGCUGACAUUUGUCAUCGCUUACCUUCGGGACCUUGGCCUGGAUUACUAUGUAAUAGGAGAAUCAUUUGAGACAUCUGUUCCUUGGGACAGGGUUUUGGACCUUUGUAGGAAUGUAAAAGAAAGGAUAGUAAGAGAAUGCAAAGAAAAGGGUGUUCAGUUUGCUCCUCUUUCCACCUGCAGGGUGACACAGACUUACGAUGCAGGUGCAUGUGUCUACUUCUACUUUGCCUUUAACUACAGAGGAAUUAGUGAUCCUAUUCAUGUCUAUGAACAAAUUGAGAGGGCUGCUAGAGAAGAAAUACUUGCCAAUGGGGGUAGUCUGUCACAUCACCAUGGAGUAGGCAAAUUGCGGAAGCGCUGGAUGAAGGAGAGCAUCUCUGAUGUUGGCCUGGGAAUGCUGAGAUCUGUUAAAGAAUAUGUGGACCCCAAUAACGUCUUUGGAAACAAAAAUCUUUUAUAAAGCCCUGCACAACAUGAUGUACUAAAACUUCUUCGAAAUUACUGUUGAAAAUCCUCCACUUUCAUUGUACUGAUAUCCCAGUAAUCAAAUAUAACAUAGACUAAACUUUAAAAACUAGUGACUUUUAUAUUUUAUUUUUUUUUUGCUACCUUAUUCCCCUCCCCCCAAUAAAGUGUAAUCAUCACUGUUAAUGUUUACGGAUUUUUACUUACCGUGCUCUUACACUUUGUGCCCAGUGGGUUGGUUAAGAGUUAUUACCAAGCAGGAAAUGCAAACUUGGUUUUCCAAGUUUGGUUAGGCAACACAGUUGACAGUAGUUUCAAUGCUGGAUACUGCCAGAUGUUUCUUACUAAAGCCUCCCCUGCAAGGAGAACAAAGACUGACAACAGUAUUUUCUACAAAAGCAGCUGUUCAACCCAGCCUCUUGCUAAAGGAAAGCUGCUAAAGAGACAGAUGAGAAAACACCAAGGAGUACUUCACUGUACUGGAGGAUUAAAUGUGUAACAGGCUUGUAACCACCCAACACUUUAAGUACAAAUGUAGGCUUUGAUAAAAAAAAAAGACUAUGUAAGUCAAAAUAUGUCUAAAAACUCAGUCUCUCACUGUAGUCCUAUUGGGAAAUCUUACACAAUUGAGCUGUUCUGAGUUGUAUUUGCAUUGCUGGGAUAAUCUUAAAUUAAUUGUAGGUCAGUCACUAAGUUUUGUACAAUGGACAUUUCUCACUGUAUGUUGAAAACAGGUCUGUAACAAAACUUUGUGUUCAUCUGUACUUCAGUCCUAGUGUGUAUGGGGUUUGCUCCUGUUUAUUUUGCAGAGAUGCAAAAUAAUCUUUUUCAGUUAAAAAUAAUGUUUUGGCUAUUCAAAUGAAACUGCCCAGCACUGUCUUUUGAAACAGUCUUAAGAGUUUAAUAAAACAUUUAAGUGGACAAUAUACUGUCACCCUGAAAGUGAGAUUUCCCUUUUUAGUUUUGUACACUUUCGUAUGGCCUUUAUGAAUCGUUCACUUCACAAGUAGCCACAAUUUUAAUUGUCCAUUAAACUUUAAGAAAACAAAAAUUUUUUGAGCAGUAUUGUGUAAGAGUACGCAUUUUUACACUGAAACUUGAAUGUUAAUCAGUAAAACUAAAAGUAUUUAUGAAUACUCAUGAUCCAUUUUUAAGGUGGGUUCUUUUCUUAAAUUAUCCAACUUUUUGAUAAUUAAUGUAUAUGACUGCAGAGGAUGGAAAAAAUACAGACUACCCUCUCUGUAGGCAACUGCUUCACAGGUAUAGUGUCAGUUUGGACACCUUUUGUAUUGGUAGUGCCCUUAAUGAGGAGAAGAAAUGAAAUUGCAUUUUGUUUUUAAACUCUUUUAGAAUACUGUCUAAUUAGUUUUGGUAAUAUACUAAAAAGAGUAUAAAAUGCUUGAAAAAUACUGCAUAUCGGACAACUUUGCACUUGUUUAAAGACCAAUUUCAAUGCUACAAUUUAAAUUAUCAAAAAAUGUGAACACUCAAAACCACUUUAAAAUGGAUGCUCUCAAGGUACAUAAGGGAAAAGUUUAUGAUCCAGAAGUCACGAAACAGAAUAUUAAUGUUAUAUUUGCAGUGCAGCUGGAUUUAUUUCCAAUGGGUUUUGUUUCACAACAUUUCAACAUAAAAAUCUAUUAUUUUCUAUUUUUGCUUCUGGCCCCCAGAGUUCAUAUUUCGGCAGCAAUGAGAACAAUACAGGAGUAGUCUGGUUUAGGAAGCUGAGUCUUUGCACUGUGGUUAAGUGUUCCUUACGUACACAAUGGUGUCUCAGCAAAGUUUAUGCAAGAGACUUCUUUAUCUUGCAUGCUGCAUUAUGGUGACUACAUGGCCACAGCUGGUGUCUUGCUGAUGACUUGUAUUGCUCUGACACAAGAGACCUUUCUAGCAGUUGGUAAAUAUAAAAGGUAUUUAUGUGCCUCAGUGAAAGUAUAUGUCUAUGAUGAAGAAUCAAUUUUGACAGAAAGUGUGUGAAGCCUUUUUGCAGAAUGACAGCACAAACAGAACUAAACCAAGUAGUCGCAGCUCAGUAAUACCAGUCUCUUAUGAUUUUGACAUAAGUACAACACAACUCAAUUUUCUAACUAUGGUUUCCUUACUCCUUUUCUGUAUGUAAAGAUACAUGGGCAAAACCGCUUAUACUCUCUAUUUCUAACCUUUAAGUAGCUACUGGCUUCUGAAGUGAUUUAAAAUGCAGUAAAGAUUUUUACUGCAUGUCAGUUGUCCUAUGGGAAGGUGAAAUAUCAGGCUGUAAGGGUCCCAAAGCAAUGUCACUGGAUAGCUCUGAGGAAAAGAUUAACUACAACUGUAAUGGCUAUUUUCUUUUUUUUUUUUUUCUAACGGCCACUCUACGGUUGUCUUGCUGAAUAUUUUUCUAUCUUACAAACUGGUCAGAGCUUGUUGAAACGCAUGUAUUGUUGACUUGUCUUUAACUUCACAUUUAAAUUUAUAAUCAAAGUAGAGGAAAGCGUCAAGUUUAGGAGACCUGGAAACACAUGCAUCAUUACUAGUCUUCCACUACUCUUCCUUGCUGUCUCUUUCUAAAGAUUUCACUUCCCUUAGCUGCAGCCUGUUCAGAGGUGGAGUUUGAUCCAUGCAGAUCAGAAGCAUAUCUUGGCAUAACAUAUCACUUUUUCAUUCAUUCGACUGUUUUGGCUGUAUGUAGGUUGCAAGCAGUUUUAAUUAAUCUUCUCAUGACUUCCAAUUACUCAUUUACUCAUAAAUUCCAAUUCUGCUUUCUUUGAAGAGGGAAAGGUGCAGAGUGAGUAUGCUUUGACUGGGCAAUGUAUUUAAGUUGGAGAGACCUUUAUAAAAGUUUUGAGGGGGAAGAAGAAAAUCUGUUAGAAAUUGGUCCAGGGUCUAAAUCUUACAGUCAAAGAAAAACAUGACUCUUCUUGCAUAACUUACAGUAUAUUUCUGAGUUAGAGAUGUCAUCUUUGCCUUAUAGCUGUGAACAAAGGCCAGGCCAAAUAGUUCUUCCAUAGCAAUGUUAAUUAAGUGAAACAAAUUUCAAAGGCAGCGAUACAUUAGCACUGAAAUCCAGAAAACACAAUUUGCUUCUCAAUCCUGGAAAUGUUUGUUUACCAAGGUAACUUAACUUUCUGCAAAUAAAGCCAAACUUUGUCAUUUUAGUGUGAGAUUAACUGUAAAACAUCAAUUGUAAUGUUAAGAAAAUAUAGAACCUUAUAUUAUUAAUAAAAAAAUGGGCCUAAACAAUUACGUGGUUCUGUGCUGAAACUAAACAAAUACAUUCUACUAACUUGUCAUAUUUGGUUCACUUUACCGUGAUGGUGAGCUCUUACCUAAGGAAGACUAUUAGGAAGGUUUUGACACUUGCAGAGAGAAAUGAGAUUGAAUUUGUAAAUGUAUGGCAAUAGAAGCUUUGCUUUUGUGUCCCAUGUAAAGCAAAAUGAGAGAAUUUCAGUGAAGGAAAGGCAGAUGACCAAACAAACACCAGUCUACUCAGCUGAAAAAUUUUACUUCCUCAGUAUUCACUGUUUGGGCAGCAAAGGGACUGCAUUCAACUUCUCUAGGAAAGUUCUCCUAAUAUAAUACAGGGACAUACCUUGUCUGAUUUAGCUUUCCCAUAUUUCAAAGACCCAUUGUAUUAUGCUGUUGCAAAGAGGUGUGCAGUCUCCUGCUGUUGAUCUCAUUUAAGACCUCCUUGUUGCACGGCCUGGAAUUUACUUAGAAGUUCAAUGUGCACGAAUGCAUCAUGUGUGAGCAGAAGAGUUGUUUCUCAGCUAUCUGCUUCAUUGCUAUAAAGCCUUUAUGCUCUUUGAGCUAAAAUGGCUGAAAUCAUGUCUUGCUUGAAGAGCUAUUGUCUUAGUUAACGCAGUUUCUUCAGUGCACAUUGUUAAAAACCCACAAAAGUCACAGCAUGCAGGUGACAGGCGAACUAAUGACAUGGUUCAGUUUGUAUAACUAUAACAAUUUCUCAAUAUGAUCCAAAUUUCUUUUGGGUGCUUUUUCACAGGAAAGCAAAAACUACCUGACAUCAAGCAUUUUAUUUGUGUUUCCCUUUUACUAACAGCAUAAAAAUGCAGGGUUUUUUACUUGGAUCUAGAUAGUCUCAAUUUGAAGGAGACCUUAGAUGAUGAUAUACUUGUCUCAGGAUGACAGCCAGAUUCCAUCAAUGUUCUCUUUGUUUAAAAGAAGUAAGUUUUAUAAAAACUUAGACCUGAACUCACAGCUGUGUAAAUACUACGGCUCACUGUUCAUGGUUUUGUAGUCCCAACACAGAUUCUGAAUUCCACAUUACCUUUAACAUAAAUUGACGUCUUUCCCUAGCCACUUUAUGGAGACCAGAAUUGGCAGGUAGUUGCUUUGUUUGGGUUCAGCCUCAAGGUCUGUUGCGGUGCUCAAGAGCAGAGGUGAUCAAAGAUACUUUUCAAAAAUGUUUGCCAUAAUGUCUUUGAAAAAGACUAGUGCUGUCCUUUUGAAAUUAAAAAUUCAGUUUCAGAAAUGUGGGUUAUAAUAUUUAAAAUUGUAUUGUUACUUGCAAUAGUCAUCAAUACAAGCUGCAAUAACAUGUACCUCUACUGAAAUGCUGUGAAAUGUCUUAUUUAUGAAUUUGGUUUUGCACUUUGGAAAAACGAAGCAUUGAACUUUUUAUGGGAACUUUAUGAAUGUUUCAUUUUAAUUCAGAAUAAAACUAAAUUUGUUUCAA